AGGUGAAGUUUAGUAGCUAGCCUCUUCCGCCCUCUAGUUGUUAAAAUAUAUCAUUACAUGUAGCUUAAUUUUUAAAAAAAUGUCUUCAUAAUUUUUAUAUUUGUUUCCAACCGUUCAAAUUAAUUUGAAACAGUCCGUUUUUUUCUGUCGUUGCGGUAAUAAGUGUCCGUGUUUGUAUCACCGGGCGGCUAACGAAUAGCACUGCCUCUUUAAAUCUGCCGAGCGGGUCAUUAUUUGGCAGGAAGUUAGCAGAAGCUAGCUCAUAACCAAUAAUGAAGACACUGAGGAGCAUUUAGCUGCCUUUUAACGCUCCUUAAAGAAGAACCAAGUUUUUCACUUGUAUUUGAAGGCAAAGUCCAAGGCAGCUAUGUCUUCAGCAGUGGACCUGAAGACGAAGGAGGAGAAAGAUGCAGAGUUGGACAAACGAAUUGAAGCUCUGAGGAAGAAGAACGAAGCUCUGGUGAAGAGGUACCAGGAAAUUGAGGAAGACAAGAAGAAGGCGGAGCAGGAAGGCAUCGCCGUGACGACGCCCCGGAAACCCCGGACACACGAGCCGGAAGCGGACAGGAGGAAGACGGAGAAGGAGAACCUGACGGUCACAGUGGAUCUGUCCAAACCGGCAGGGCAGGACAAGAGAGUUGUGAACGACUGGAAGCCCAGCACACCUCGCGGCCGGAAGAAGUCAGAGGAGAGCGACAGUCCUAAAGGUCAGAGCGAUGGCCGCAGCCCCCCCAGGAGGACGGGGUCGGGCAGAGUGGGCCGAGGCGGUCAGAGAGGAGGAGGGGGAGGAGGGCGCCAAGAGAGGAUGGACUGGGAGACCAGAACUCCCAGGGAGGGAGAGUCUGCUGAGCCAGGCGGCCAGGGGCGGAGAGGAGGAAGACGAGGAGGAAGAGGCGGGAGAGGAGGAGGAGGAGGAGGAGGAGGAGGAGGAGGCAGAGAGGGAGGAGCAGGGAGUGGAGGCGGAGACGAAGGUACACCAGGAGGAAUGGACAGAAAGUCAAAGGAAUGGGAGGAGAAAAGGCGGCAGAACAUUGAGAAGAUGAACGAGGAAAUGGAGAGGAUAGCAGAGUACGAACGAGGGCAGAGGGUGGAUGGAGACAAGCCCAUCCGUAAUUUUCUGGACGACCCGAGGCGUUCGGGUCCGGCUCCGGACAUUGACCGGAAAGAAGGCAGCAGGAGACAUGUCCGGAACUGGGGAGGGCUGGACUUUGACAACGUGAAGACGGGACACGAACUGGAGCGAGAGUGGACCAGUCGGCGGCCGGGUCCGAAAGGCGGUUCUGUGGACAUGACGAUGUCGAUGACCGGCCGCGAGAGAGCCGAGUACCUCCGCUGGAAGAAGGAGCGCGAGCAGAUCGAUGAGGAGAGACUGGCUCGCCACCGAAACGCCACGGGCCAGUGGAGGCGGGAGUGGGACGCGCAGAAGACCGACAGCAUGUUCAAGGAGGAUCCGUUUGUGGCUGCAGAGGGCGUAACGGCAGAGGAGGGUGGCAGGAGAGACGACAGCAAGCGGCCUCCUAGAGGACCAACAUUUGGCGACUUCCUGUCCCAGGGCAGGAGCCAGGGGCCCCGCGGGGACCGGAGCAGAGGACGGGGCCGAGGACAGAGACAGAGCUACAGCAUGCACGACAAUCGCUGGGAAGGAGAGAAAGAAGAAGAAGAAGAGAAAGAAAAGGAGGACAAGACGAAGAAAGAGGUAAAAACUACAGCAAAGAAAACAAAGAAAGAAGAAGAAGAAGAGAAACCCAAAGCUGAAACUAAAGAGCCGAAGGUGGAAGAGAAAAACGAAGACGAGGCAGGAGACGAUGAUGAUGAGUGGGAGGACGCCAGCGAAGAAGAGGAAGCUGGAGACAAAAGCGACUCGGAGAAAAAAGACAAAAGCAAAGCCGUCUCUCCUCCGUCGGCCAAACAACGUUUGCAGGAGAAAACGGCAGGAAGCCCGAAGGAGCAGCGGGCGCCAAGGCCGAAGGUCCACAUCCCUCCUCCUGCUGCUGCGGCGGCGGCCCAGGAGUCAUCAGAAGGGGGGAAGCCCCUCAGCCCGUUCUUCAGCCUGGACGGCCACCACCCGGUGUCGGACUGGGGCGAGGAGAUGGAGAUGCAGUCGCCGCGGAGCAGCAUGGGGGCGGAGAGCCCGCUGAAGCCCUCCAGCACCGAGUCCAGCCCGCCGCAGAGAAAGGAGAGCCAAGAUGGCGGCGCCGGCGAACCGGGCGGAGCGCCCGCGGAUGAACCUGCUCCUGCAGCGGACACCCAGGAGAACGUCACGGAGUCGGAACCGGAACAGACCGCCUCAGAACCUCCAUCUGAAGGUUCGGACCCCGCCCCACCCUCUGCUGCUCCUGAGGUCGAUGAGGUCGCCGUGACGACCAACCAGAAUCCACUUCCUGCUCCAUCAGAAGAGGGUCAGUCGGACCCUCCCCGUCCCGCCGAGCCCGUUAACGGCGAACAGAUUUCCUCCGACGCGCCGGUAGAGAACGAAGACAACAUGGCGGCCGCUGGGAGCGACGACGCCCCGGCAGCCGAAGCCGAACUUUCCUCGGAUCAGACGUCAUCAGGUUGAGACGGACAGGAGAGGGAGCGAAACAUCGGCGGCACCGAGGUUUACAUCUAAAUAUGACUUUAAUCAUCAUCAUGAGGAAGAGGAGUGACGGAGCUUUACACGCAUGGACCAACCGGUCGCUCUCAGCUGGUUUUAAGACUUUGGAUCAUCCUGAUCCACCGAAGCGUCGCUGGUCACAUCUCCAUCCGUUUCUUCAGUUUUCAUCAAAAACUAAGGAUUUCUUCCUCCAGUGAGAGAGAAACCAGACGUCAACCUAAAGUCUGGCUGUGGCUUGUUGAAACGAGCCCAGAUCUAUUAAAAUAAUCUGUUUUUUUUCACAUUUAUUACAUGGAAUAAUGGUUUUAAAACUACAAUUUUUAAUUGCUCUCAUCUUUUUCCCACUUCAAAUUUCUUUGAGGAACUGAAAUCUGUAAAAAGGAGCAUUUUUAGCAUCUUUUACCACCUUUUCUGUUCACGUGAUAAUCUAGUCGGGGGCAAACCUCAUUUUCAUCAAAGUGAGUUAAUUUCAGAUUUUUAGAUUAGAAAUGACCAGAUUAUGUUGCAUAAUUCACAAUUUUGCAGAAAAGUCGGGCUUGGUGACGUCAUGAAGUCACCUGCAGCUGCUAGCGAUGCUAAGCUAGUUGAUUCAAAGCUUCGCUCUCAGGUUAAAGCGUGAUUGUUGGUUUUAAAUCUACAGUAAAGGGAAUCUGACUCAUUAAUCCCGUGUUGUAAAUAAAAUCAAAGUAGAUUCAGUGAUUGGAAGGAUUUGAACGUAAACGAUGCAGUAAACUGAUAGAAACACUUCAUGGAGACAACAUGGCGUCCGAGUCUGAAAUGCUGAUUAUUGUGUUGCUUGGAUUUAAAUCAUAAAGUCUGUUUUUAUUACAUCAUAUAACAAACAAGUUUGUUUUUUUUAAAUUAAAUGUUGCAUCAUAUCAAAUCAUGUUUUUAAUAAUUUUGAACAAUCACGUUUUGCUUUAAACCAGCUCCUCUUUUCUCUUCAUCCAUGAAUUGUGUCUGAGUUUGUUGCCACAGUGAUGCAAAGAACAACACUGCCUAAAAGUUUGUUUUUAUACUUUAAGUUACCUUAAAAGGAUGUAUUGUUCGGAUGCAGUAUGUGUGUUUUGUCUCUCCCCUCAUACCUCAGCAGACCAAGAGGGUUUUUAGUUGGUUUGUUUGAGUUUUUCCUCGUCUGUAAAUGGUGUUUUAUCUGAGCAGCUGUGUGGCGUUUGAGGACAAAACGACAAACUGAUUGCUUUAAAGUUUUUGUGUCCGGGAUCUGAUGAAUAAAAAUCAUGAAUUUGGGUUCAAAGAC